CACCAUAGCCAUAGUCGCCGACUCGCAAUCCGUCGGGGCGGGUCGUCUCUGCUGUUUUAUUCUUUAUAACACUUAUAAUUCGUGUAUUUUGAUUCAAGUGUAGAGCGACCCGAUACCUUACCCGACUAUAGUACUUAAUUUCAAAAUGUUGCACUUAAAAAAUAUCGCUAAGGCUGUCUCACCGCCUCUAAAAAAUUCUAUUCAAAAUGAAGCAGUCAAUAAUAUCCUCAAAAUCGUACCUGCUGCAGUGAAUGUCUCGUGUCGAUCAUAUGCGAGUCAUGAAAUUCCAGAUAGGCUUAAAGAUAUACCCACAAGUGCAAACCCACGAUUCUUCGACAUGGUGGAAUAUUUUUUCCACAGGGCGUGCCAAGUUAUUGAAGACAAACUGGUUGAAGACAUGAAAUCCAGAGUCUCUAUUGAAGAAAAGAAGAAGAAGGUAGCCGGUAUCUUAAACAUGAUGCAGCCAUGUGAUCAUAUUAUUGAAAUACAGUUUCCAUUGAGACGCGAUUCUGGCGAUUAUGAAAUGAUCCUAGGAUACAGAGCUCAACAUUCCUCACACAGGACCCCAACUAAAGGAGGUAUAAGAUUCUCAACAGACGUGACAAGGGAUGAGGUGAAAGCCCUUUCAGCUCUUAUGACGUUCAAAUGCGCAUGCGUCGACGUACCAUUUGGCGGUGCAAAGGCUGGCAUCAAGAUCAACCCCAAGGAAUACUCCGAGCAUGAGUUGGAAAAGAUCACGCGACGAUUCACCUUGGAGCUCGCAAAGAAGGGUUUCAUUGGGCCGGGCGUUGACGUGCCGGCCCCCGACAUGGGUACCGGAGAACGUGAGAUGUCCUGGAUCGCUGACACAUACGCCAAGACCGUCGGCUACCAAGACAUCAACGCACACGCCUGUGUUACUGGCAAACCCAUCAAUCAGGGUGGUAUCCACGGAAGAGUAUCUGCGACCGGCCGUGGUGUUUUCCACGGACUCGAAAAUUUCAUCAACGAGGCCAAUUACAUGAGUAUGAUCGGAACAACGCCCGGCUGGGGUGGUAAGACAUUCAUCGUCCAAGGUUUCGGUAACGUGGGUCUGCAUACGUGCCGCUACCUCGUCCGCGCGGGCGCCACUUGCAUCGGUAUCAUUGAGCACGACGGCGCCAUCCACAACCCGGACGGUAUCGACCCUAAGGCUCUCGAAGACUACAGGAUCGAAAAUGGUACCAUUGUUGGGUUCCCCGGCGCGAAGCCGUACGAAGGCGAGAACAUGUUGUACGAGAAAUGCGAUAUCCUUGUGCCAGCUGCUGUUGAACAAGUCAUCCACAAGGAAAACGCUCACAAAAUCCAGGCUAAGAUAAUCGCGGAAGCGGCCAACGGGCCGACCACGCCCGCGGCCGACAAGAUCCUCAUUGACCGCAACAUCCUGGUGAUCCCGGACCUGUACAUCAACGCGGGCGGUGUCACCGUCUCCUUCUUCGAAUGGCUCAAGAACCUCAACCACGUGUCUUACGGACGUCUCACGUUCAAGUAUGAGAGGGAGUCCAACUACCAUCUGUUGGAGUCCGUGCAAGAGUCGCUAGAGCGUCGCUUCGGGCGCGUGGGCGGGCGCAUCCCGGUGACGCCCUCCGAGUCCUUCCAGAAGCGCAUCUCCGGUGCCUCCGAGAAGGACAUCGUGCACUCCGGCCUUGACUACACCAUGGAGCGCUCUGCUAGGGCUAUCAUGAAGACUGCCAUGAAGUUCAACCUCGGUCUGGACCUGAGAACGGCGGCGUACGCCAACUCCAUCGAGAAGAUCUUCACAACUUACGCCGACGCGGGUCUCGCUUUCUAAUCUAAUCAUAUUAAUACGAAUUUCAAGUAUUGUCUGCAUUUGAAAGACUCCCAUUUAGCCCCCCAUGCACUUGAGUCAUUACAGAUAAGACGUUAUAUACACAGUAUUUUAUUUCUUGAAAUCAUGGCUUUUAUAAUUUUAACUUGUUGUUUAUCUUAUAAGUAAAAAAUGUGAUUUUCCAACUGUAAUGUCUUGGUUUUCGAAUUAAAUUGUUUUACCGUUA